GACUGCACUCACCCGUUAUAGGCGAUGGCUGUCGGCCGUGGGUUGACACCUGACCCGCUUCUCCCACCAUGCCUGGGUUGCCUCUGUGCCCAGUGUCCCUGCUGAGGCUUACCGAUUAGGAGCUUUGGGUCAGACAGGUCACUCUACCAAUCCCAGGGGACUAGCCUUUGGUUUAUCUAUGAUCAGUGCUACUCUACUUCCCUUACUCGUCACCUAUUCGCUACUGGAACAUGCUGUGAGGUUUGUAGUAUAACACAUUUUACAGACCACACAGUUAGAAAGGGAGUGGGUUAAACAGACAGAAACGGCGGAACUGGGACUUGAACCCCAGCAGUCUAGCUUCUGAGUUUCCAUGUGGUCUUGGUCAAGUUCAAUAAGCGAUAAUGGUUUUUAUUAGUGGGUCAUUUCUCCUGUUCUGAGCCUAUCUCUGGGGAUGUUCUAGCUCCUUCAACUGGGAAUGCUGCCCCUGCUGACCAACUGUCUCUUCUGUUCCCAGAUGCCGGUACAGCUGACUACAGCCCUGCGUGUGGUGGGCACCAGUCUGUUUGCCCUGGUGGUGCUUGGGGGCAUCCUGGCAGCCUAUGUGACAGGUUACCAGUUUAUCCACACAGAAAAGCACUACCUGUCCUUCGGCCUCUACGGUGCCAUCCUGGGUCUACAUUUGCUCAUCCAGAGCCUGUUUGCCUUCCUGGAGCACCGACGCAUGCGCAGGGCAGGGCGCCCACUGAAGCGACGUUCGGUGGCACUCUGCAUUGCUGCCUACCAAGAGGACCCUGAGUACUUGCGCAAGUGCCUGCGUUCAGCUCAGCGCAUUGCCUUUCCGAACCUCAAGGUGGUCAUGGUAGUGGAUGGCAAUCGCCAGGAAGAUGCCUACAUGCUGGACAUCUUCCACGAGGUGCUGGGCGGCUCUGAGCAAGCUGGCUUCUUUGUGUGGCGUAGCAAUUUCCAUGAAGCAGGUGAAGGAGAGACAGAGGCCAGUCUGCAGGAAGGCAUGGAGCGUGUGCGAGCCGUGGUGUGGGCCAGCACCUUCUCAUGUAUCAUGCAGAAAUGGGGAGGCAAGCGUGAGGUCAUGUACACAGCCUUCAAGGCCCUUGGCAACUCAGUGGACUACAUCCAGGUGUGUGACUCUGACACUGUGCUGGAUCCAGCCUGCACCAUUGAGAUGCUUCGAGUCUUGGAAGAAGAUCCUCAAGUAGGGGGCGUUGGAGGAGAUGUCCAAAUCCUCAACAAGUAUGACUCAUGGAUCUCCUUCCUGAGCAGUGUGAGGUACUGGAUGGCCUUCAACGUGGAGCGGGCCUGCCAGUCCUACUUUGGCUGUGUACAGUGUAUCAGUGGGCCUUUGGGCAUGUACCGAAACAGCCUCCUUCAGCAGUUCCUGGAGGACUGGUACCAUCAGAAGUUCCUAGGCAGCAAGUGCAGUUUUGGGGAUGAUCGACACCUGACCAAUCGAGUCCUGAGUCUUGGCUACCGGACUAAGUACACAGCACGCUCUAAGUGCCUCACAGAGACCCCCACUAAGUACCUCCGAUGGCUCAACCAGCAGACCCGCUGGAGCAAGUCAUACUUCCGGGAAUGGCUCUAUAAUUCUCUGUGGUUCCAUAAGCACCACCUCUGGAUGACCUAUGAAUCGGUGGUCACGGGCUUCUUCCCAUUCUUCCUCAUUGCCACAGUCAUACAACUUUUCUACCGUGGUCGCAUCUGGAACAUUCUCCUCUUCCUGCUGACGGUGCAGCUGGUGGGCAUUAUCAAAGCUACCUAUGCCUGCUUCCUUCGAGGCAAUGCAGAGAUGAUCUUCAUGUCUCUCUACUCCCUUCUCUAUAUGUCCAGCCUCCUGCCAGCCAAGAUCUUUGCCAUUGCUACCAUCAACAAGUCUGGCUGGGGCACUUCUGGCCGAAAAACCAUUGUAGUGAACUUCAUUGGCUUAAUCCCUGUGUCCAUCUGGGUAGCAGUUCUUCUAGGGGGCCUAGCCUACACAGCUUAUUGUCAGGACUUGUUCAGUGAGACUGAACUAGCCUUCCUAGUCUCUGGGGCCAUCCUGUAUGGCUGCUACUGGGUGGCCCUCCUCAUGCUCUAUCUGGCCAUUAUUGCCCGGAGGUGUGGGAAAAAGCCAGAGCAGUACAGCCUAGCUUUUGCUGAGGUGUGAUAUAACCCCGAGUAAAGUGGGAAAAGUGCAAUGGGUA